AAAGGUAGGAAAAUAUGGUUCUGUUUAUGGAUAGUAGCGCACGCAAGACGCGAGGUGAAGUACUAUGAUCUUCAGAGCGGUCAUUUGUUCGUGUUAUGAUGCGAUGGUACAGCCUCUGGAUUUUUUUCUACACCGUCGGCACGAAUGGGUUCAUUAUUCCAGAUGAUGUCCCAACAGCUUUAUCAGUAUUUUAUUCGAAUGCCCCCAAAGUCAAACUUGGUACUGAUUCGAGGAUCGGAUGGGGUUUCAGACUUGGGGACAGGGCAGACGCUCAAAUACUCCUAGAGCUUGGACCGCAACAAUACACCCAGAGACUGGCCAAUCAGCAGCCUUUCGACAACCCUAAUUAUCCAGAACUGAGUUCGAGUCUGGAUUCUGAGGACGAUUACAAUUACGAAACGUCGGAAGAUGAAGACGCAGAAGAAAAAGAUGAAGAAAUGAGCGUGGAACAGAAAAGGGUCGCGAACGAAACUGAAGCUGCGGUGAUAAGGGUUGAAAUAGAAGCGAUGGGCAAUCUCAUAUCGAAAUUGACUGAUACCGUUAACGAUACAAAUCAAACUGACCAAUCUGAAUCAGGCGAUAGACAAAAUGAAGUAACGAACAACCUCAUUCGUACUCUGGAAGUGAAAAUGAACGAAGAAAAGGAAAAAUUGAGAGAUCUCGAAUUAACAUCAUCUUCCACUGUAAAAAAUGACAUCCAAGAGCUAGAAGAGAAUACAUCGAAUAACGAAUUGAGGGAAAUAAUUGUGAAAUUAAAAAAGUACGUAGAAAAAGCUACUAAAACUAGCGGUGAAGCUUUGGAUGAUGUUGCUGCGCUCGAAAUUGAAACCCUCAAGAGGCUAAUCAAAAACUUGAGUGGAAUUUCAAAGUUUGAUGAUGGCAAAGAUGAAGAAUUACUAUCAAACGAAAGUGAUCCAAAAAAUGGAACGACUAUUGUGGAAGAAAAAAUACAGAGCAACGAAAGCGAUGAACCGGAGUAUUCAACAGAAGAACCUACGCAGCAUUCGAACAAAGAAAAUGAAAAACUGCAAGUUAUCCCAAAGUUCAUCAAUGUAACCCAAGACAAUCAUGAUCCAAGUGUUGAAAAUGAUUUUCAGCUACUGACUAAAGAUGAAAUUUUCAAAUCUGAAACGAUUGAAAGGAAGGCUUCGAAAAAAACAGAAGAUAUUGAACAAAAUAAAGAACUAAGGAGUAUCGAUGAUCAAAUAGAGAAAAAGGAAUCAUCUCAUACUCUCUCAAAAAAUAUGGAAAAAGAGGAAUCUCCGACUGACUUGAGAAUACCUACGAAUCGCGAGAAAAUUAACGGUUCUAUUGGAAUGCAACAAAAUCUCAAACCAAAUGACCAAAUAAAGGAUAUGCUAAAAGAAGAAUACAAUGAUAGUAAUGAGUUGAAUAAAACAGCAGACACACUGAUUAAAUUCAGAGAAAUCAAUAAAGAGAGAGAAACGGUAAGAAUCGAAAAAUCAGGAGAUUUUAAAAAAAAAAAAGAAUGUAGUUCGAGCAAAAUCAAGGUCGAAGAUAAUUCUGAAGAUAUCCAAUUGAAACAGGCAUUAGUAAAACUGAAGAUCAAACUGAAUGAACAACUGGAGAAUUUGAACUUGAACUCGACAAUUGAAAAGCAAAAAUUCAUGAAAAAUCUGAAAAUACUAAAAAUUCUACAGGAAGAGAAUAAUAAAAGAAAUGAAAAAUACAUGAGUAAGUCUCAGAAUAGUAUUAUUCUUGAAGGUUCCUAUAAAGGUGUCAGUUUGAAGGCUUUUCAAACUCUUUCUGCCCUAUGGGUUAAGCAGGAUCCCAAAAUAUCUGACAUUAUUUGUGAUGCAAAGAAUGAAACAGAAUUAACCGGAAAAAUUAUCAACAAAAUCAAUGGAUCGAUCGAUGAAGGUAGUGUGAAAAACAUCGCUGUUGAUUUAGAAAAAAAUUCCACCAAGUCAACGGAAAAUAUAACCAAAGAGGCUUCAGAAAAAAGAAGUGGCAUGGAGAAUAAAAUCGCGACAUACAAAGAAAAGAAUGAAACAGCAAAAUAUGAAAGUGUUGAGAUACAGAACGAAGAAAAACUAGUGAAAAUAUACGAACAAUCGAAUGAAAAAAAGAAGAUUGAUAACACAACCCGAAAAGUUGAGCUAGUCAAUAGAAAAGAACAAGGAAGUGAAACGACCACGAUGUCCAUGAAAAAUUCCACGAGGAUUAUUGAGGAAAGUGAAACAAAAAGUGGAAAACAAAUUAUCAGAAGUCCUCGUAAAAACAAAAUUGGCUAUAAACAAUACGCAAAAACCGAACGUCAUAGACCAAACAAUAAAAAUAACGAAUGCACAAAAUUUUAA